UUACUUACUCGAUCAGAACAUACAAACGCGCCUCACUGCAAUGGAUCCUAUUAUCUAUAAAGCAGCGGCACAAGGCAACCUGGAGGCCUUUGAACAAUACGAUCAUAUCUCCCAUCCACUUGAUGGAUUUUUGACAGUUAAUCAAAAUACAAUCCUACAUAUUUGCAUUUCAAGUAUUCUCGUUAAAGAAAAGUAUCUCGCUACUGGAGGAACUAACCAAGCCUCAGCGGCAAAAUUUGUGAAAGAUGUACUAGGCAAGUGUCCGUCACUUUUAUUGAAAGCCAAUGCGGAAGGUGAUACUCCGUUACAUGUGGCGGCAAGGUAUGGGCAUGCUUCCAUAGUCGAAGUCCUGAUUGAACAUAAAAAAUCCCAACAUCAAGAUCUCGAAAGUGGAGUACGCGUUGAAGCUACUACGGAGAUGAUUGCGAAGCUGAACAAUAAGAGAGACACGACCUUACAUGAGGCUGUACGUCACAAUCACAUUGUAGUGGUAAAACAGUUACUAAGGGAGGUAGGUCGAGAAUUUUCGUUUGGUGCUAAUGGUGCUGGUGAGACCCCACUUUACUUGGCUGCCGAGAGACACUUUCCAGAUUUGGUAUCUGAAAUUUUGAGCACAUUCCAAUCACCAGCUUAUGAUGGCCCCUUGGGUAGAACGGCUUUGCAUGCUGCAACAAUACAUGGCUAUGACAAAGAAAAUUAUUACAUUAAUUUAGCACGGGUAGCAUUGAGCCAACAAAACUAUUGCUGGAAUUUGAUAGGGAGGUAGCAUAUAUGAAAGAUGGAGAGGGUAGGAUAGCUCUUCACAUUG